AUGGUCAAAAGUUUCAAAGCCUGCCAGAAUUCAAGCAGGUGGCGGGCCCGGCAGCCAGUGCUGCUCAGCUGGCGCAGAUCGUCGCUGGUCUCAGGGAUGUCAAAGGCCUCGACCCCAAGCUGCAGAAGCGCCUCUACAGCAUCGCAGCUCAAAGCGGAGGCUUCGUUCCUCUCCACGGUCGCCUCUUUGCCCAGUUUUUGCAUCACGCAUUUCCUCGUGAUUGCCCCUAUCCCCAUGAG